CCGGCGGCGCCGCUGGAGCUGCGCUGCGCGCGCGCAGAGCCCCGUGCGUUGGCGCUGCGCUGGCGGCUCCCGCUGCGCGCGGGCGGGCGCCUGAGCGAGGCGCGCAUGGAGGUGCGCGGGCCCGCCGGCAGCCGCCGGCGCUUCUUCAGCACGCGGCCGGAGCGAGACGCGCUCUGGGAGCAGCGGACGGAAGACGGCGUCUUGGGUCGUCCGGCGACCCUGUUCCUUUGGACGACACCCGACGGACGCCUCGCGGAAGGGAAGUGCCCUUCCCUCACGCGGACGCAACACACACACACGCCGCCGCCGCCCAGCGCGAGGGAGAUGGCAUCGGAAACAGCGGGCGACGGAAACCCAGAGAGAAUCCUAGAGGUUGAAGACGUCACCGCGAGCAGCUGGCGCGCAUCUGACGGCGUCGGAUCCGAAAACGCGGGUGACGAGGCGGGAGGCGGGGCCGGAACCGCGGAUGGCGGAAGACGAUGCGGUGCUGCCGGAGGAAGCGGCCGAGAAGGGACAGCAGCUGGUGACAGCGGUUGCGGCGGCGUCGGAAGCGGCAGCUCCGCCGAGGGAUGGGGAGAUGGAAUGCACGGCGAAGGGCGUGAUGGAGGUGGAGGAGUUGGUAGCACUGCUGUCAGCCUGUCCAAGUGGUCGUGGCUGCCCGGCGUUUGCAUCUUCCUUCUCUUUUUGCUUGCGCUUGUCAUCAUAGCGGUCUCCAGGCGAAGAAAAAUUAUACGUGGACCAUCGCACACUUCAACUCGUAUCUCCAUCCUAAAUCAAGUGGCUGAUGGAGGGCGCCGAGCAGCGGGGAGAUUCAACGAGGCGUUUCUGGAGUCCUUCCUGUCGACUGCGCCUGCCCGCGCAUGCAACGACUACGACUCCGUCAUAUCGGAGUGCUCGCGCAGCCUGUGGGCGCGCAGCAUGCUGCCCAGCAUCUGCGCGUCGCGGGCGAUGGCCUCUUUCGCUCGCCCGCAGGUAAGCACUCGGCGUUUCCAGGGUUUUCAUCACAGUCAUCUAUUAGGAAAUUGUUGUAUGUAUACGAGG